AUUGUUCGAACCAAUGCACACGAGACAUCAAAGGACUCCAAAGGCCCUCGCCACUAACGACGUAUCCGCCAAGCCUUCAUCUAAAGCCCUAAACCCUCCCCAAAUAAAGAAAGAGAGUCGAAAUGCAUUCCUUCCUGGGAUAUUCGACUAAACUCCUGAAAUCUGAAUCUACGCCCUUCAGAUCUUUCUCAGUUAUCCACAACGUUUUCCAAUGGCGAUCCAUGUCCCAGUCCACCUCUAUACCCAAGAAGCAGCAACGAGUCCGCGACCACGGAUUCGACGAUUACAUGGAAGUGGAGAAGAAAAUCCGCAAAGUCCUCAAGUUCCAAGACCUCAUUCUCUCCCAACCCAGUUCAAUGCUCUCCAUUUCUCGAUUGGACGGCCUCUCCCGCCGCAUCGGAUUCAAACAGUUGGAAGCCGGUCGGUUUAUCCUCAAAUUCCCCCACGUUUUCGAAAUAUUUGAGCAUCCUGUUCAAAGAAUCCUAUACUGUAGGCUGUCACGCCAAGCCCACCUCCAAAUUCAGCAAGAAAAUCAAGCCCUUUUGGCUCAGGUUCCUGAAUCGGUAACUCGACUCCGGAAGCUGUUAAUGCUCUCUAAUACUGGUCGCCUCCGUUUAGAACAUGUCCGGAUUGCCAGGAAAGAGUUUGGAUUUCCCGAUGAUUUUGAACUUUCUGUAGUUUUGAAGUAUCCGCAAUUUUUUAGAUUGUUUGAUGCUGUGGAGACGAGGAACAAGUACAUUGAAACUGUGGAAAAGGACCCCAAAUUGGCUAGAUGCGCUAUCGAGAGUGCCAGGGAAAGAGAGUACAGAGAGAAGGGUGCAGAUGCAGAGAAUAUUCGCUUUUCUUUUCUUGUUAAUUUUCCUCCUGGAUUUAAAAUUGGAAAGUAUUAUAAGAUUGCAGUUUGGAAAUGGCAGAGGUUGCCGUAUUGGUCUCCCUAUGAGGAUGUCUCCAAGUAUGAUUUGAGGUCACUCGAGGCACAAAAGAGGAUGGAGAAGAGGGCUGUUGCAACGAUUCAUGAGCUGUUGUCUUUGACUACAGAAAAGAAGAUAACUUUGGAGAAGAUUGCACAUUUUAGAUUGGCUAUGGAUUUGCCAAAAAAGCUCAAAGAAUUUCUGCUUCAGCAUCAGGGAAUAUUUUAUAUAUCUACGAGGGGGAAUCAUGGGAAGUUGCAUACAGUUUUUCUUAGAGAGGCUUAUAAGAAGGGGGAGUUGAUUGAGCCAAAUGAUUUGUAUUUGGCUAGGAGAAAGUUGGCUGAGUUGAUAUUGUUGAGUCCAAGAAAGGCCAAGGUGGACAAAGCAUUGGUUACCUAUAGGAGGGACGGAGAGGAUUAUGAAAUGGAUGGUGUCAAGAGAAACUUUGUAGACAAUGGAUUCGAUGGUUUUGCAACUCAGAACAACGGCAAGCAUGGUGGGGAAUCAGAACCCCAUCUAGAUUCCGAUAUAGAUGAUGAUGGUGCUUCUGAUUACUCAGACCAGGAUGAUAAAAGCGUACGUGUAGAGGGUGACCGUUUGACAGACUAAAUGCAAUGGGGAUUUCAACAGGCUAAUGUUUGUUUGGGAUGAAAAAUGCUAUUCUUGAGCUCCUGAAGAUUGAAAUCUCCUGACAUUUCUGACCCUGCAUCGCUAACACACACUAUUGUCUGGGAAAUGUUUUCUUGGUGGUAUAUUGGGAAGAAGAAUGGUGGUGUCUUGAACAAGUUUUCUCAUCUAUCUUUUUCUUCCCACUUCCCCAGCCGUGGAGGAAAUGGUCUGACCCUUCUGGAACCGUUUGUGAACUAAAUGACAGAAUCAAACUUGCUCUGUUGGGGCGUUGAGGGAUUUGAACCUAGGCAUUUGCCUGGGGAAAGGAUGGUUAUUACCACCGGCCACUACCUAUCUUUCAAGUGUCAGCUGCAUGGUUGUACAUUAUCAUACUUGUCCUAGAAGAUCACUGUGGCAGUGAAGUGGUGGUAAAUGCUUGGCAACUUGUUUAAUGAAUAUCAACCAUAAUCAAUAAUAUGGCUAUGAAAUGAAUAGUGAACUUUGUCAUUCUCAUAUUGUUCAUUUACUCGUUAUGAAGUAUUGUAUAUUUUUCCAUAAUCAUCUUCAACCAACAGCAAAUUUGUUGCAUCCUUAAGGGGCAAUUAUUGCUUCAAUAGGAAGACUGCUAGAAAGGAUAAAAGGACAUACUGUAAUUGAUUGGGCUGCUUGGUACAUAGUUGUGGCGAUUAAAGAAAGCUCUCCUGGGUACCUCAAAAACGAUCGGGUGUCACAGACUGUUUGUGAUGGAUUGACAAAAAUCAGAAGUUUUCUGAGGCUGCUGUAGAACCUAAUUUAUGUGUUGGCUAAGUUGAACUACAAUCAUAGAAUGGUAUCAUCACAUCACGGCUUGCUUGAAAGUUUUGGUGGUUACAUUUGAAGAUCUCUCGUGCCCGCUGGAGAUUUGCUUUUUGGUUAUUUUCUCACCCAGUUUGCUCUGUAAUUUGCUUCGUUUCUGAAGGAGUUGCAAGGCUUGUGGUGUCUUUGCAGCGAUAUUAAGAGGGGGAGGCAGCCGACUUUCAUCAAGAGUGGCUCUCUUUCACUUUUUGCAUGCACUUACCUGAAGUUAUGGAUUGGGGAAUGUAAAUCGAAUUGAUGGUGCAUCAUCUACUCUCAGACGACACUGUGGUGGCUACCUGCAGUAGCAAAGGUUUCCCUGCUUGCUGGUGUGCUCACUUUGCUUCACACGAUGGUUACUUGCUGUUUUGAUUUUAUUUUUAUUUUCUCCCCUUUUUUUUUUUUUUUUUUUAAGGAAAUGUAGUGAGGUGCUCGGUUGGUUUAAAAACUGAGGGAUUGAGCGUGGCUUUAGCCUUUUAGAAAGCUAACAAGAAGGAUUUCAUCAUCUGUUUUUUUCUGUCAAAGUUCUCGUCAUAAACGUGUUUUCCAAUUUUCCUAGUAGGUGAGCGUUGGUUA